GGCUCCGGCCAUGGAGCGCCGCGCCUUCUCCAAAUACUCCUGGAUCGACUUCGUGUUCUCCGUGAUCGGCGUGUGCACGUUCCUGGUGGACUGGGGCUCGGACGUGUGGGUCGCCGCCGAGUUCUACUGCCGCGGCGACCUCUUCUGGUUCGCGGUGCUGGUCGGCCUCAUGGCGCUCUCCUCCGUCGUGGUCCAGACGUUCAGCUGGUUCUGGCUCGAGUACGACCGCGAGCUGCCGGGCUUCGGCGCGCGGAGCGGCGCGGGCGCCGUGCUCUUCGGCGACCGGGUGGCGCUCUCGUGCCUGCUGCAUGUGCUGCAGCUGGGCUUCCUCUGCAGGCACAUCUCCGCCAUACGUCAAGGCUUCAGGGUUUGGUGGCGGAAAGAGGAAGGGUCCGAGUACGCCGUGUACCUGACACAUGACCUCAGCAUGCUCCGACUCAUCGAGACGUUCUGUGAGAGCGCUCCUCAGCUGACCCUGAUGAUCUAUGUCAUGCUGCGCACCAACAAGGCCAGGACGGUGCAGUUUGUGAGCAUUGCUGCGUCAACCACCUCCAUAGCCUGGAUGGUGGUGGACUACCACCGCUCCCUGCGCUCCUUCCUCCCAGACAAAGCCAAGCAGGGCUGGGGCUCCUCCCUGAUCUACUUCCUGUGGAACCUGCUGCUGAUCGCUCCGCGCGUGGCCGCCGUCGCCCUGUUCGCCUCCGUGCUGCCCGGAUACAUGCCCGCCCACUUCCUCAUGCUGUGGUUCGUCUUUGUGCUGUGGGCUUGGCGACAGAGGACGUACUUCAUGGACAGCGUGGGCGGCGAGUGGCUCUACCGGGCCACCGUGGGGCUCAUUUGGUACUUCAGCUGGUUCAACGUGGCGGAGGGUCGGACCCGCGGCAGGAGCGUCAUCUACCACUCCUUCAUCACCGCCGACGCGCUGAUCCUGCUGGCGACCUGGUGGUGCUACAGAGACCCUGUCCAGACCGAGUCGUACGCCCUCGCCCUGAUCAUCACACUACCUCUCACCUACCUCCUGGGACUGCUCUUCAAGACCCUCUACUACUGCUGCUUCCACCCCAAACUGUGGAGGCCCCUGGCGCGGGACCCAGGUCCGCCCGUCGAUCUGCCUGAUGCCGAAGUGUCCGUCAGAGACAUUUCCAUCCAGGACAGCGCCCUGUCCUCCCAGCUCCUCAACAGGCGGAUGGCCUGCCACGCCAAAAACUUUUACUCAGAGCAGAGCGCCAUCAGACAGACGGACGACGCGAACAGAGCAGAGUCGGCGCGUCUGUGAUGUCACAGCUGAUCGUAUACGGCGGAUAGAAGAUGUGACCUUGUGUGGUGGUGGUGGUGAUGGAGCUCCGUCCGUCUCCAUCAGGCCAACUCUCUUGACUGUUUGACCAUUUGUGCUGCAACUUCACCAAAGGAUCCAACAUACAGACUUGAAAACAGUACUUGAAAAACAGUAUUCGAAUAAAUAAAAUCCCCUUCACAGUAGAUGUAAUUUUAACAACACCAUAUAUAUUAUUGUUAUUAUUACAUAUUGCAAUUGAAAAAAUUGCUGGAUUAGUUGAAAAAAACAGACAGGAAAAAUCUGAUUUUGCAAAUACCAUAUAAAAAAAAUCUUUAUCACCAUGAAGCAACUCUGCAUUGAUUUGCAACUAGGCCUAAUACACCAUGAAACAUUAUAGCGACUGCUACCGUAAUAGAUAUGGUAUGGGGAAAAAAAUCUCUUGAUAAAUGAAUGCCAUCUCACAACACUGCACAACACUAUUUCUCAUCUCUACUUGAAACUACAGUAAUAUGAUAAGCUAAUUUUCUAGAAAACAUUUAGUUACACGUGAUUUUUUACAAGCGAAUGUAUUUUUAACUGUUCUUACACAAUGCAGUCAUUAUUUUUACAUGUUGAAAAAGUUUUUUACAUUUCAUUUACCACAUUCCCAAAGGUUUGUUGUUGUUUGUAUUUCCAAAGUGCAGACUUUGCUGGCAACAAGUACACAACAAAUUACAAAAUGAUUAGAUAACAAACUAUUACUGUGUCAGUAAUAGAAUAUUGAAUACAAUCAUCACAAUUUGGACAUUGCCUGGGCAGUUUGAAAGAAUUUUCUUUUUUUAUUACAUUAGGUGUGUGUGUGUGUGUGUGUGUGUGUGUGUGUGUGUGUGUGUGUGUGUGUGUGUGUGUGUGUGUGUGUGUGUGUGUGUGUGUGUGUGUGUGUGUGUGUGUGUGUGUGUGUGUGUGUGUGUGUCGUUCGGGUUGCAUUACAGCUGCUACGGCUGGAAUCUUUUUGAAAGAGCUUGAAUGUAGAUAUUGAACAUAAGCUCUACUUUUUUUUCUAUCUGUAGGUCCGGUGACGAUUAUUUUACACGUUAACUGACAAGUGGUAUCAAGUUUUUUUUACAACAAUCAAAAAGUCAGAUUGUGUUUGUUUUUCUUGUUUCACAUUUGGCAAAGGUCAUGUUUUAAACAAAACUUUAAUAUCAAUUCAGACUCAUCAAAGCGAACUUUUCUCUGUAGUUUUGUAAGUAAUACGUUGCUAUGCUCAGACAAUCAGCAUCAUUCCACCUGGAGGGUGUUUGAUUUCAAACUCGUUUAAGUGUUCUACAAGUCUGUUCACGCUGCCAUGGUUUUGUUUUGUCAUGAGGACACUUCACGCCUCUGUGAGUUUAUUAAUUUCAGCAAUGUUCACACAGUGUCGAAAAUCCACUCAUGUUCUCCAGACUCCGCUGAAAGUGGAGAUUGCAACUACUGUAGUUGUUAGUCUUUUAUCUCAUGUGCCAUGUGCAAUUAUUAAAGCAAUAACGGUGUUCAAGAUUA